GAAUCCCCCACCAAAAUUUUCCCAGUCUGGUCACAUAAAAUUCACUGCGUGGCGGUUGCGCAUGUUAGUUUUUCACCGUUUUCUCGCACGAAGAGACCACAGCCGCAUUUGAUCUCGCAUUUGUCGUAUCUUUAGACUAUCUAGAGUCGUUCUGACCGCAACUGUGUCACACUCGAGCCGAGUUUUGGACGUUUGUACGAGAAAACCAGCAGUUGUUGACCGUCUGCCAUUUUCGUCUCUGAAAUUUGUUUCAACAUGGCUACGUUGGAUUGGGACGUGGAGACUGACAGUGCGCCUGGCUUGGACGAAAUCAGACCAGAAGCUAGGAAAUUGAUGAACCUAUCCGUGGAUACGGACAGAUUUGAUUCAGCUUAUGAGUCUGUCGGUGACAAUUGUCUCUCACAGGACUUUCAGAAGUGCUCGCUCCACUCGUCCGAGGACCAAAGUCCACAGCCCGCCCUGGUGGGAAGACCAGAGGAAGUGGUGGAGAGGUUGCAGCCGACACAGAGUGAGGAAGAAACCAGCAAAUCGUGCCAGGAAGACACAGAAGAUGACUGUAUCGAACCAGACGAGGACCCCAACGAGGAACUACGGGAGAAUUUGGCGAGAGAAGCCUUCUGCCAGGACCAAGACGGUGACACAACGCUUCAUAUGGGGGUGAUCCACAGCAGACCAGACGUAGUUGACAGAAUGUUGGAACUUGCGCCCUCCCCAGACCACCUGGACAUCAGAAACCACUUACAACAGCAGACUCCAUUGGCCCUGGCGACAGUGACAGACCAGCCUGAGGUGGCCAGACAACUGCUGGUGCACGGUGCCUCGCUUGACAUCCCUGACAGGAAUGGGCGCACACCCCUUCACCACGCCUGCCUGAGGGGCAAUGGCAGUCUGGUACAGGCACUCACCACACCAGUCAGCUCCACAGAGGUGAAACACAGGCACCUGGGCCAGCUUCAGAGGAUACCACAGAACCUGGAGCAGAGGGACUAUGAAGGUUUCACGUGUCUGCAUCUGGCUGCCUCUGAGAGACACUACGACAUUGUCCAGUACCUGGUUUCUAUUGGUGCAGAUGUGAAUUCACAAGAUGGUAAGAGCGGCCGCACAGCCCUGCACCAUGCGGUGGAGAGGAAUGACAUACAGAUGGUGAAGGCGCUGCUGUUUGGAUGCGGGGCGCAGGUGGACACACAAAUGUACAACAGCUGCACUCCGCUGCACCUGGCUGUGGGGCGAAGGCACCAGGAGAUCACCUCCUUCCUCAUACAGGCUGGCGCCAACCCCAACCUGUCAAACACAGAGGAGGACACACCACAGGACCUUGCUGCAGGAGAUGAUGACAUCGCCUCCAUGUUGUAUGAUGACAUCAGGAUUGGGGGACAGCCUGUCCACUUGGACAUGUGAACAUGUUCAACUUAGAUGCUCUGAAAUGAGAAACAGAGACUGAUUUAGGAUGUGUUGUACCAGACUCACCAAGUUCAUAUAAUGAGAAUUUUGUACAGAGCAAAAUUAGUUCUGUGAUUCUGUGUAAAGAUGUUUGUAGGUGUGUUUGAAACAUUAUAAUACAUGCUCAGCACAUGAAAGACGUCUGUGGGAGAGAUUGACUAAAUAGCUUCAGUCCUUGAACUAUCGCCAGGGAUACAUAGCUGUGUAAAUAAGGCAGUCAGUACAGAAUAUGACUAAGGGAGGCUAGUCAGUCCUUCAUUAUGAAAUUUGAACCAGCAUACUGUACUUUAUGGGACCAAGUCAGUCACUUUAUUCUUUGUAUAUAUAGUGAUAAUACAAAUGAAACUUUUUACUACACUUGGAAAGACAGGUGAAAUGUGAUGGCUGUGCACCAACUGAGGAAGAGUUAUCAGAUUCAUCUUAGCAUACUGCCAACUUGAUAGAAAAGUUCAUAGGUAUUUACAUGAUAGCUAUAGAAGGGAAGCUUGAAAAGCACCCUGUCAUGUACCAAUGUUAGACAUCAGUAUCUCUAAUGAUUACAAGUUUCAGUCUGUCAAUGUCACAAACAGAGGAAUGACUGAUGACAAUAUAAUGGUCUGAUCAGAAUUUCUGUAACGUUAAUGUUUUUUUUUUUGGGUGACUUGCUUGCUUUUCUUUCUACAAUUGUAUCUUCACAAUUUUCAUUGAAACAUGUAAAUACCAUUUUUAGGUGAAUGACUUAGCCAGACAUCAUCAUCAGACAUAGCCAGAGAAUCACUAGAAAGAUAAACUCUGCUCUGUAUUAGCUUACAAAACUUAGGAUGGAUUUGGUUGAAUCUAUGAUGAAACUUCUUGGUGUAUUUAAUGCAUAUCUUGACUGGAAUUUUUUAGUGUACAGUGACUGUCUUGAAUUCAACUUCAUUGGUAUUUCCAUGAUUUGUUACCUUUUUGAAAAGGAAUUAAAAAAAAUAAAGCUGAG